AUGGAUUUCAAUCGAGACGCCGGCAACGAGACGAUCAGCCAGAUUCAGCUGAACAUUCAGAAUCUCAACCAGCAAGGUUUGUGACGUUCGUGCAUUUUUCACUGUUUUGAGAGCUUUUUUUUGCUGUUUUCUCGAAGCACUUUGACAAUUUUUGUCAAUUUGCAGUAAUCCAACUCGAAUCGUUCAUCUCGCAUUUGUCGGAUAGCAGCGAUGCGGGACAACGAGAGCGAGAGCUCUUCAAUCGGGUAAUUUUUGCGUUUAGCCUUUCGAAAAUGCAUUUUUUUUGUUGUUGUUGCAGAAAGCGCAAGAUGCUCACGAUCUGUUGAAAGAGACGAACACGCUGAUGCGGAAGCUCGUGUUGAUGAGCAAUUCCGACGUGAGCGCUCGUUUUCGCUGAUUUUUGUGGUCAAUUAUCAACAAAAAAACACUUGUUUUGCAGAAGAACCUUCUCGGAAUGCGCGAAAAGCUGCAAAACGAGUACAUUGGCGUGGUCAAUCGACUCCAAGCGUCGCAAAGACGGGCGGCGCAGACGGAGCGAGCGGGAAUUUCGGCGCUCGAGCAGGAUGCGGCGGCGCACGAGCAGGAGCUCUACGGCGACGGCUACGGAGACGCGCCGCAGCAGCAGCAGCAGAUGCGGCUGAACGCGCAAAAACACGGAAAUCUGACGGAGAUCAAGGAGCGACAGCAGGCACUUCAGCAACUCGAGCAAGACGUCGGCGAGGUCAAUGCGGUACGCAUUGUUUCGAAUGUGUUUUCCCCCCAAUUUUCAACUUUCAGAUCUUCGCCGAACUCGCCAAAAUCGUUCACGAACAGGCGGAGACGGUCGACUCGAUCGAGGCGAACGUGGAGCACGCGCAGAUUUACGUCGAGCAGGUACAAUUCCAGCGAAUGCUUUUUAACAGCAAUUAGCGUCCAGCUAUACCUCGGCCCAUGAAUUCGUGCCUCGUUUCUUGAAAAAAAACGCUCUUUCUUUUAUUCGAAGUGUUGCACGGUUGCGAAAUGUUGGAUUUCAAUAUGUACGGUUGCGAAAACGAGGCGAGCCAAAUGUUCUCGUUCGUUUAAAAUAUCCAAUGUGAAGAGACGACCUUCAAUUUAUCCGAUUUGUUUGCAGGGCGCGCAAAACGUGCAACAGGCGGUCUACUACAAUCAGAAGGCACGUCAAAAGAAGCUGCUUCUCCUCUGCUUCUUCAUCAUUCUCAUCUUUAUCGUCGGAUUGACCGUCUACCUGGCAAAGUAG